AUGGCCUCUCAGAACAGAUCACCAUUGUUCUGCAUCCAAAUUCUCUGCUCAAUCUUUCACCUUCUAUUCUUCAAAACUCACCAAGUUUUCGCUCAAACCUCUCCUGUUUUCGCCUGUGAUGCCGAUAGUAAUCCCGGGUUGGCGAAUUUUACGUUCUGCGAUCCGUCGUCGGACGUGAACACUAGAGUGGAUGAUCUGGUGAAGAGGCUGACAUUGCAGGAGAAAAUUGGGUUCUUGGUGAGUGGUGCAGGGGAAGUGAGUAGGCUUGGAAUUCCAAAGUAUGAGUGGUGGUCUGAGGCUUUACAUGGAGUCUCUUACGACGGUCUAGGGACUCAUUUCUCCGGUGUCGUUCCGGGAGCUACUAGCUUCCCUCAGGUUAUUCUCGCGGCGGCUUCUUUCAAUGUUACUCUGUUUGAAGCCAUCGGAAAGGUGGUCUCAACUGAAGCCAGAGCAAUGUACAAUGUGGGUUUGACUGGGUUGACAUUUUGGUCCCCAAAUGUGAACAUAUUCAGAGACCCCAGAUGGGGAAGAGGCCAAGAAACUCCAGGAGAAGAUCCUCUGCUUUCAAGUAAAUAUGGAUCAGCAUACGUAAGAGGCCUUCAACAAAGAGAUGAUGGUGACAAAGAUAGGCUUAAGGUUGCUGCUUGUUGUAAACACUACACUGCCUAUGAUGUGGAUAAUUGGAAAGGAACUGACAGAUACCAUUUCAAUGCCGUGGUGACACAGCAAGAUCUGGAUGAUACAUAUCAACCCCCAUUCAAGAGCUGUGUUGUUGAUGGAAAUGUCGCCAGUGUCAUGUGUUCCUACAACCAAGUCAAUGGCAAGCCAACCUGUGGUGAUCCAGACCUCCUAACUGGGGUGAUUCGAGGCGAAUGGAAAUUAAGGGGAUACAUAGUUUCUGACUGUGAUUCAUUAAACGAGAUGUACAAUUCACAACACUACACCAAAACACCAGAGGAGACUGCAGCCACAGCUAUAUUGGCAGGGUUGGACCUCAACUGUGGAUCUUUCCUCGCCAAGAACACUGAAACUGCAGUAAAAGGGGGACUGGUAAAUGAAUCUGACAUUGACAGAGCUAUCUCGAACAAUUUUGCAACGUUGAUGAGACUUGGAUUCUUCGAUGGUGACCCGAGCAAUCAACUGUAUGGAAAACUUGGUCCAAACGACGUGUGCACCCCGAAAAACCAAGAGCUGGCCCGAGAGACCGCAAGACAAGGGAUAGUGUUGCUCAAGAACACUGCAGGAUCGCUUCCACUGUCUCCAAAUGCCAUCAAGUCCUUGGCAGUAAUUGGACCUAAUGCAAAGGCUACAAAAACCAUGAUUGGCAACUAUGAAGGCAAUCCAUGCCAAUACACAACUCCUUUGCAAGGCCUAACAGCCUCAGUUGCGACGGUGUAUCAGCCGGGCUGCGCCAAUGUGGCCUGCAGCAGUGUCCAAGCCGAUGACGCCAAGAACAUAGCAGCCUUGGCAGAUGCCGUAGUUCUCGUAAUGGGUGCUGAUCAAAGUAUCGAGGCAGAGACCCUCGACCGGGCCGGUAUUACUCUUCCGGGCCAGCAGUCAAUUUUAGUAUCAGAGGUUGCAAAUGUUUCCAAAGGACCAGUGAUUCUUGUUGUAAUGUCUGGUGGUGGCAUGGAUGUACAAUUUGCCAAAGAUGAUCCGAAAAUAACGAGCAUUUUAUGGGUCGGGUACCCGGGCGAAGCUGGUGGAGCUGCAAUAGCUGAUGUGAUCUUUGGGUUUCAUAAUCCAGGUGGGAGAUUACCCAUGACAUGGUAUCCACAGUCCUAUGCAGACAAUGUCCCCAUGACAAACAUGAACAUGAGACCAGACCCUGCCACGGGCUACCCGGGCCGAACUUAUCGGUUCUACACCGGGCCAACCGUGUACACAUUCGGCGAUGGACUAAGCUACUCCCAAUUCAACCAUCACCUAGUUCAAGCACCCGAGCUCAUCUCAAUCCCCCUCGAGGAAGGUGACGUUUGUCGCUCAUUAACUUGCAAAUCCAUCGACGUUGAUCAUAGCUGCAACAACCUAGCUGUUAACAUUUACGUGAGAGUCCAAAACAUGGGAAAAAUGCGCGGAAGCGAUACGAUUUUCUUGUUUUUUAGUCCCCCAUCUGUGCACCAUGCACCUCAGAAGCAAUUGUUGGGGUUUGAAAAGGUGUUUUUGACACCACAAGAAGAAGGGAUAGUUGGGUUCAGUGUUGAUGUUUGCGAGCAUUUGAGUGUGGUUGAUGAGGUUGGGAACAGAAAAGUUGCCUUGGGAGAGCAUAUCCUUCAUGUUGGAAAUAAGCCCAGACCCAUAUCCAUCAAAAGAUUCAAAACCAAGAUUGAGAUAAUACCCACAUCACAACCUCAUCCUCUCCAAAUGAGUCUCUCUCUCACUCUCACCACUCCCUCUCCCACCUUCUCAACCCCCUCCCUCCUCUCUCUCUCCGCCAACCAUACCUUGCGAUCCCUCAAACCCAUCCGCGCCGCCCAACAAAUAUCCGCCGACUCACCACCAUCGGAGUCCUUCCAAACCCUGCCCAAAACCACCGGGGUCAUCAUCGUCGGCGCAGGUCUCGCCGGCUUAGCCGCCGCAACACGGCUCAAAUCCGACAACAUUCCGUUCCUCCUCCUAGAAGCCUCCGACGCCGUCGGCGGCAGAGUCCGAACUGACUUCGUCGACGGCUUCACUUUCGACCGCGGCUUCCAAAUCUUCAUCACGGCUUAUCCCGAAGCUCAAAGGAUCCUCGAUUAUAACGCCUUAGACCUCCGGAGAUUCUACUCCGGGGCACAGGUUUAUUACGAUGGAAGCUUCCAUACCGUAGCCGACCCCUUACGCCAUUUUUGGGACUCAGUUCAAAGCCUCACCAAUCCAAUUGGUACGAUUCUUGACAAAUUACUCAUCGCACUGACUAGAAUUAGGGUUUUGACUCAAUCUGACGAUGAAAUCUUGAGUGGGAAAGAAAUUCCCACCAUUGAUUUGAUGAGACAAAUCGGGUUUUCGGAAUCGAUUUUGGAUCGGUUCUUUCGUCCAUUUUUCGGGGGGAUUUUCUUCGAUAGAGAACUUGAAACGACUUCGAGGCUGUUCGAUUUUAUAUUCAAAUGUCUCGCUCUUGGUGAUAAUACACUUCCGUUGAAAGGAAUUUCAGCGAUUCCUGAGCAAAUUGCAUCGAAACUGCCGGCGAAUUCGAUUAGCUUGAAUUCGAGAGUUGUUUCGAUCGAUUUUGAAUCGGAUUCAAUGGCAAAUGUGAGGUUGGGAAAUGGUGAAGUAUUGAGGAGUGAGCUUGGAGUCAUUGUGGCAGUUGAAGAACCUGAGGCAGUUAUGCUUUUGGAAGGAAAAUUGGAGGGAAAACCGGUUCCGAUGAAAAAACCGGUUCGGAGUACAGUUUGUUUGUAUUUCUCUACGGACCGGAGUCAAGUACCGGUUAAGGACCCGGUUUUGUUCUUGAAUGGGUCUGCCAAAGGUAUAGUGAAUAAUAUGUUCUUUUCUACAAAUGUGGUACCCGAGUACGGCCCGCCUGGUAAGGCUCUGGUGUCAGUUUCACUUAUCGGGUUGUUUGAUGAUGUGUCGGAUGAGGAUUUGAGGGAUGGUGUGUUUAGGGAGCUUUCGGGUUGGUUUGGGGGGUCGGUGGUGGAGUCAUGGACACAUUUGAGGACGUACAGGAUCGGGUUUGCACAGCCAAACCAAAGCCCACCCACGAAUUUGAUGAAAGAUCCAAGUUUAAGGCCGGGUUUGUACUUGUGUGGUGAUUACUUGACUAGUGCUACAUUUGAUGGGGCUUUGGUUUCAGGGAGGAGAGCAGCUGAGGCUUUAUUGAAAGAUAGGGCCUUAGUUCAAGUUUAAUUCCCCAAAAUGUAGUUUUACCAUGGCUAUGUGCGUACGCAUGAGUAUGUUGUCAACACGUUUUUUUGUUCAAAAGAAAAGAGUUAUUAUCCAAUUUGAUCUGUUAAUAAUCGGUUUGAUUUGGUGGAUGGUGCUUCUUUAUUAUUGUACCUGACUUCAAAAAGUGUAAUCGGCAAUGCAACCCCGAGUUCAAAGGAUAGUUUGUGUAUUUUUUGAUGUAUCAUAAGGAAAAAGUCCAAGGCAGUUUGUGGAUGAUUGUGCAUAUCUUGAGUUUACGUAGCAUUUUGCCAGUUCAAAGAAUACGUGAUUGAGAUGGUUUUCAGUCAUCUAAAAAUGGUUUAGGACUUAAAAAUUUAGUGUUUAUUCUAUUGACUCAUGUCAACAGGGUGGUCUACAUAUGAAGAUAAAGGAACAGAAACUAGAAGAAGAGAACAACCAAAACAAGGCACAUGACAGAGCAAGGAGAACUGCCAAUGCACUCGGAUCCUCAUUGCUUGG